AUGUCGCUGGACUUUGGCAGCAUGGCCCUGCAGGCCCAGCCGGAGGAAGAAGAGAGUGAUCCGGAGGACUAUGCCCGGGAGCGAGAGCUCCAGCAAUUAUUGACCGAUCUUCCACAUGAUAUGCUGGACGAUGACCUCUCUUCUCCAGAGCUCAACUCUUCUCGCUGCAGUGAGGAGAUCCCAGCCGGGCAAACUCCCCCGUCCUGGGAGCAGAUCACCUGGAAUGAGCAUCCGGUGCUGCCUUCCCCACCAAAUGGCUAUGAAGACGGCCCGGAUCUGUACCCACGGGACAGCGGUGUGGACGGCUGGACCCAGCCUCCCGGUGACCACGAGGGCUACAGUGCCGGGAGGCCCCGGGACGGUGUGAACGGGGAUGGGCUCGGUCUACCCAGCCACCUGGAACGCAGCGACUUGUAUCACCUCCCGGAAGACUUCAGACCGUUCACUGGAGCUCCGGAAGAAUUUUCAAGACAACAAAGCCCAGUUGGACACUUUCCAGAUGCUCAGAGGGAGCAAUUUCAGCCAUUUGUACCGUCCCGGGUUCCCAGCAGCCAGCCCCUGGGGCCAUAUAAAGUGUCCUACAAACCAUACCCGGCCCCCACCCUACACGAUGGCCCUUUGACCCAGGACAAGGAGGCAAGAAAGAAUGGAAUAUUUGAAGACUUGCAACAAGAAUUUUUGGGACUUACUGAACAAUCAGCCGAAAACAUGCAGGUCCUUCAACUCCAAGUGCUUAACAAAGCCAAAGGGAGGCAACUGGAGGAACUCAGUGAAAAGCUGGAAGAGAGCGGACGCCAGGUUAGGUACCUGAACCACCAGCUUGCAAUGGUCAGAGACGAAAAGGCUGGUUUGACUCUCAGCCUCCAGGAGACUCAGAAACUCUUUCAGAAUGGAAAGGAGAGAGAGGUGCAGCUCGAAGGCCAAGUAAAGAUCCUGGAGACUGAAAUCCAGACACUGCGGACCAAUGAGGAGCAGGUGGCACAGAAGGCCGGGGCGGCCGAGUCGGCGGUGGAGAGCCUGCAGCAGCAGCUGGCCGAGCUGCGCCGCACGGACACCCUGCAGCGAGCACGGGAGCGGCACGAGGCGGUCAUCACCGCCCUCCGGCGCAAGCACGAGGAGCAAGCAUCGUCUCUGCAGCAGGAGCUGGAGGUGGCCAGGGUGGCCCUGCAGGAGCAGAAAGACCUUUGCUGUCGCCUGGAGGCUCACGUGAAGCAGGCUGAGAGACUGCACGAAGAGAGUAAGCUAGAGAAAACUGAAAUCAUCAGCCGCCUCUCCCGGAGUCUGGAGGAGAGUCAGCAGCAGUGUGCCAAUUUGCUGCAGGCAGGCCCAGUCCAGGAGGUUGGGCAGCUCCGCUUCCAGCUCCAGCAGGCUCAGGCUGCGCGGUCCCUUAGUGACAGCAUGAACAAGGCUCUGCAGGAAGAGCUGACAGAACUGAAAGAGGAACUCGCUCUCUAUGAAUCUGCUGCCAAGCUUGGCGUCUUCCCAGAUGACACAGGGGCAGAGGCGGAUGCAGACCUGACGGACUCGUACGUGGAUUUGGGGAUUAAAAAAGCUGGCGGGAGAGAGCCAGCACUUCCCAGCUCGCUCCAGCCAGCAGACCUGGACCCGGGGCUGACUCAAGACCAAAUGGUCCUGAAGCUGAGAGCCGACCUGCAGCGGUUGAUGAGCAGUCACCGGCUCAAGUGCCGCUUGGUGUCUCAGCUCCAGCAGCAAAUCCAAUGUUACCGAGUAGCAGUAGAAGAUCUCGGCCCACUGGCCAAAGGCGGGAAAACGAGGGAGCUGGAGAUGGAAACAGGGAACAAGGAGAACUCCUCACCCAGUGGGCUCUGGCCGGCCCCUUCGGCCUCCAAUCAAGCCAUCAGAGAAGACCAUCAGCAACUUAAGAACGAAAUUCAAAUUUUGCAACAAGAAAUUGUGGAGCGUAAAGCGGCUGAAGAGAAACUGAAAACUACCAACCAGGACUUGUGCAAUCAGAUUAGACAGAUGAUCCAUGACUUUGAUCAAGAUAAGCAAGAAGCCAUAGAGAGGUGUGAGAGAACUUACCAACAGCACCAUGAGGUGGUGAAGGCUCAAGUGCGGGAAGCCCUGUUGGCCAAGCACAGUCAGGAAAAGGAGCGGCUACUUGCGGCCCAUGAGGAAAAGCGGCUGCAGCUCAGGUCGGACUUGGACCAGGUGAAUAAAGAGAUGGCCAGCGUCCAGGAGUGUUACCUUGCGGUCUGCCGAGAGAAGGACCAGCUGGAGGCCACGCUGAGGCAGAGCCUGUGCCGAGAGCAGCAGGUCAGGGAGGACAAGCUCAAGGAGCAGCUGUCAAAGGCCCACGAAGAGUCUCUGAGCCAGCUGCGGGCCGAGCUGGAGCAGAAGCACCGACGCGCUAUGGCAGCCACACGGAGCCAGUGGCUGCGGGACCGAGAAGCCGACAUCCAGGGGCAGAAUGAGGGCGGAGUAUCGUUGGAGAAGAAGCAGCCAGAGAUCAGAGAUCAGGGCCUGGAGUGGCGAGAGUGGAGACCGAGGCCGGAGCAGGCUGUGGAGGGCACGAGGAAGCGCACUGUUGACCGUGGCAGUCAGACGGAGAGGGAGAGGGGACCUGACCUGGGGGCUGAGGAUCCAAGAGCAGCAGCCAGAUCCGAGGAGGGAGAGGAGAAGGAGGAGCAGAGGUUGGCAACGCGGUCCGGGGCCCAGCCGAGGAAGGAGGACACGGUGACCACAGAACGCCAGCUGCCCAUUGGGUCUGCUGAUGCCGAAGUAAAGGGGGAGGACAGGCCAGGAAGUGCCGGGUCUCGGAUCCAAGAACUCGAGGAUCAGGUCCUGUCGCUCAAGCGGGAGCUGGAGCUAAGGGAAGGGGAAGUGCCCGCGCUGGUCCGAGCCGAGCUGGCCAAGGCCCGAGUUGAAUGGAGCAAGGAAAAGCAGGAACAGAUCCUCCGGAUCCAGGAGCAGAACAAGGCGGACUACCGGGAAUUUCUGGAUGGCCAACGGACUAAGAUGAGCGAGAUGCUGUCAGCGGCUAAGGAGGACUACGCGAAGCAGAAAGCAGAGCUGGUUGCCCGCAAGGAGGCCGAAUUCCAGGCCCGGCUGGACCAGAAGCAGAGAGAGUGGCUCACGCAGGAAAGCCAGAGGGUCUGCCUCGAGGUCCAGCAGUAUGAGGAGGCGUUCCUCCUCGAGCUAGAGCUUCUGUUGGGGGAAAUCCACGAGGAGCUGGUCGGCGGAAUCCAGGGCUCGUGCCGUGGCGGACGACCCCCACCCUGCUCCCUGCCGCGGCAACCCAGCACACAGUGUUUGCAGCAGCUACGGGCCUGUGUCCAGAAGGCCUAUCACGGCACUCUGCAGCAGCUGCUGCACCGGGCCAGGCCAGACCAAGGAAAGAGCCAGGAAGACUUUGACAACUCCAGAGAACUUUCCUUGGGCCAAAAUGGCCCCAGAGAAACUGGAGACCAGGCCAGACUGCCCAUGUGUGAUGUGGAGCAACAAGUCCGACUCCAGACCCUUCUGAGGAAGUCACCACCACCGCAGGAAACGCAAGUGCCGAGGGAUCAGAAGGGCCAGCGAGAGAUAUUGAAGGCCCUGGAAGAUUCCUGCUGUGGAUACUGUUUCCCAGAGCUGGCGAGAACCAAGGAAGAGUGCCAGGACUUGAGGAAAAAGCUGGAGAAAGCCUGCAGGCAGCUCCAGCGGGUGGUGCGAGUCCAUAAGGCAGCCAUGGAGAAGCUGGAAGACGAAAACAGAAGAGUGGUGGAGGGGUUGACUGAAGAAAACAACGAGAUGAAGCUGAAACUGGAACUAAGAGCACUUAACUCACCACCAAGAUCGCUGUCAGAAGGAGCUGCUGAUCGCACUGGCCAACUGGGCGACCGGAGGGGCCUGGAGGAGCUCCGCACCCAGUACAUCCAAGCUGUGGACAGAAUCAAGGGGGACAUGCUUCGCUACAUCCGGGAGAGCCGUGAGAGGGCGGCUGAAAUUCUGCAGGCUGAGGUUCUGAGGGAGCGCCAGGAGACGGCCCGCAGGGUGUACAAGCACUUCCUGCUUUGCGUGCAGCAGCACCUGAGGGACCAGGGUGGUGAGGAAGGGGCUGACCAAAGAAUACUGACUGUGGCUAGCCAGCUUGGUACGGUCGUGAAAAUACUCGAGACGCCCUUGCCAGAGGGGUCCCGGAGCAAGUCCACCCCGGCAGCUGCACCUCGAAGUCAGCCCAGCCGAGGGAGGGGGCCCAGCGCAGCAGGCUGGACUCCGGGCCCUCCACUCCGGAUCCCCCGGGGUCCGUGGCCAGAAGACAUCCAGCCCGGGGGAGCCCGCUCCCCCAGCCCUCCAGAGACAGCAAAAGACACCCCGGGCCACUUGCCAACAGGGACCGGGCCAGGGAUGGGCCCUGGGAGGAGCCGGGAAAGAGAGAGAGACCCCCCUGCCGGGACUGGCGCUGCGCUGCCUGGCCACACAGAACCCCCGCCGCGCCCGUGGGUGUCGAGUCCACGAACCCCAGCUGAGGGGAGCGGUGGAGGCAGCCGCAGAGGCUCCCCGGAUUGGGACCCUCCAGGAGUCGGGCGACUGAGCAUUGGCAGCUCCGAGCCGGCACUGGGCCCCUCAUACCCGUCGGCCCUCAGGUCUCCGGCAGGUACCGGAUGCCCAGUGAGGUCUGUGGCCUCAGAGCCCUCCCCGCGGAGGGGUACCAGCCCUCAGAGUGCCGGUGACCUCGGCGGCCAGGGCCAGCUGGCUACAGAGAGGAGGGGGUCCCCGCACUCCCCAACCCGACGGCCAGGCGCAGUCCCAGCGGGGACAUCCCACUGUGGAUCAGUUGCGGGACCAUCCAAUGGCGCACCCCCCCACUGCUCACCACCAGCGUUGGCACAGCAUCCACGGCACAGCCUGCUAGAUCUCCUGGCGGCCCGGUGGGAAGCUGCUUUCGAGAGCUCCUGCGGUGAGCCCCACUGAUGGGCUGGGGGAGCCGCGGGCACAGGGGACCCAGCCCACAAUGUCAAAUGGGUGUUUCCAAAAAUAUGGCAUCAUUCCGGGAGUAAAGCACAAACUGAUGCGCCGUGUGCUAUUUCUGUCCCUUUGUCUUCCAGUUCUCAUGGUCACGGGCUCUAGUCUUUUAUGUGGUGGGGGUUUGGGCGGAUAUUUAUUUUUAUACCUAGGCACGUUUGCUGUGCAGUGUUAAAUUAUGAAUGAAUCCUAUUUAAAUAA